GCGGGCUAGAGGGUCUGCGGCAUGGCGGCGGGCCAGAGACCCCGCCCCCCGAGUGGGAGGACCGAAGGGGAGCUUGCCUCCAGAGGGCACGUGUUAUUAGGGUGUACUGUGUCGCCGCCUGGCGACCUCUUCACCGAUCUCUGGUGGCCCGCCACCUGCUGCCGGGGCCGGGCUGCAAGAAGUUGUUUUUGCGAUCUCAGAUCUGUGGGUGGGCGUGCAGCUGUAAUUGACAUGCACGUGAAGUGGGCACGCAAUGGAGCCUCCCCGUGGGGUGCCAGAGAACAUGAGCCGGGCACAGAUUUGAGGAAGGGACGGACAGAAAGAAGUAAAAUAAAGGGGAAGGGGCCCAAGCAGAGCGCUGGGAGGUGAGGAGAUAGAGGCCUCGGCUAGAACUGUGACAAAGUACAGGGGAGAGGCGGACAGAAAGAGCCCAGGGAGAGGGUGGAGACACAGCACCUACGAGAUGACCGCGUCACCAGCCCCCCCCCUCCAUGCGGACCGCAGAGAUCCGUGGAUGCUGCUGCAGGGGGACCCCACGAGCUUGGGAGAAGUAAAGGCGUGGGAACGUCCGCUCCCCGGCCCGGCCAGCCCUGGGCCCUGCACCCCGGGGCCCCCGGCCCGCGGUCACAGCUAUGAGUUGGGGGGUGCUGCAAGAGGAAGGGGGUGCACAGUUCCUCAUGGGUAUGGAGACCCCCGGGGAGAGAAAAUGAGAUUCCCAUCCGAGGACCAGGCCCCGGCCGCAGAACCGGGGUCUCCAGCUGCACCUCCUGUCCUCUGGCUGUGAACCUCUCCUCCUGGGACACCAUGGAGCCCUGUCUGCCUCGGGCACCUCCCUCACCAGAGAGGUGCCCGGUCUCCCCCUCCUCCCCGGGACCCCUGGCUCCCCAGCCACCCCCACGGCUAGGCCGCCACUUGCUGAUUGACAGCAAUGGUGUCCCAUAUAUGUAUACAGUUCGUCUGGAUGAAGAGCAGCCCCAGAGGGAGCUGGAGGCCCCCCAAGGGGAGGCAGCAGGGGGAAUGGGGGCCCCAGCCCAGGGCUAUCGCUGCCCAGAAUGCUUCCAGGUCUUUAAGAGCCCCCUUUACUUGAAGCGGCAUGGAAUCUCACACUCGGACCUGCGACCCUAUGUCUGUGGGGUAUGUGCCAAGACCUUCAAACGGUCCAGCAGCCUGUGCCAGCACCGGCUCACCCACCGCACCAGAGGCAGCCGUGCCCACGCUUGUCCCCUCUGCCCACGCCGCUUUCUGGAUGCCCGAGAGCUGGCUCAGCACAUUCGUGGACACUAAAGCAGAAAGCCCCACCUCACUGACCCUGAUGAGAUGGAGAGUGAUGGCUCAGAUCUAUCACACGGCUCCCUCCAUCCACCCCAGACUCGGAACCUCAAGAGGUCUAAUGGGGCUCCGCCACUCUCUUGUCCUGUGACUUUGCACGAGGUAGUGCUUGGCCCUGGGCCUCACCGCUCUUCCUCUGGAAAAUGGGGGCACCCGAUAGCAGCCCUCCCUGUCUCUCCCCAAUACUGUGAAGGUAAAGAGACAGACAGGAGGUACUGUGAAAGGACAGACCAACUACAUGGAGGAACCAUUUGUUACUGGGGCCUUAUGCCUCUGUAUAUCCCUCUGCCCCACCCCCACUGUGCCUGGCACACCAUAGGUGCUGAAUAAAGACUUGUUGAAUUGA